AUGUGCGAUUACACUCAAGUACAAUACAAAUGCACCCACCUCCGCUACGUCGUUCGAGCAUGGUGCACAAAAUAUCAAGAGACCCACAAGAGAUGCCCUGCAAAUGUGGUUGCAAUAGAAUAUAGACUCGAUGAAAACUGCAGUUUGUCAUCCCCUCACCAAUUCUGCGCAGCAAAACCGUCCUAA